AUGAGUGCAGAUGGAGACCGAAGCGUGCAUCCAUUCUUCAGACAGUCCAAUGGAAGCCACGAUCAACCAUCAUCACAUUACCAGGUGGAUGGCGACCCAGAGGACGAUGGACUGCAGAUGGACCAAUUGGACAGUGCUAGCGAAGAGAAGGCGAAGACGAAGCGGAGUAGAAGAACCAAGGCCCAAUUGGAGGAAGACAGGACUGGAAAGAAGCAGAGGACUCUACAAGACAUCAUCAACCCGAAUUCGCGCCAACAAGCAGAUAUACCGGACAAUGUGGCUGAGGAUAUAGUUGAUCUGGUAUCCUCGGACCCUGUAGUCGAUACAUCUCGUCGGAAACGAAGACGAAUCACUCCGGCCCAAUCAGCUCAGCUGCGGGAUGAACAUGAGAUCGCCAACUCAACCUCCGAUGCUCCUCUGUUGACUAGCGAUAUCAUUGAUCAUGCCACUCAAGCACGAGCGCCGAGUUCGCCGCGGGUGAUCAUUCCAGUCUCUUUGCGGGUCGCUGCCUUGCCUGAAGUGCCUGUUACCACAGCCGACGACACCACGACGACGCCACAAACCCCACCUAGGAAAACACUUACAUUGAAUGCGAACGGCAAAUUCAGUUCGCCGGUAACGAAGAAGCCAAAGGCAGAAGAUGUGUCUCCUGCUGCACCAAAGCGACGAGGUCGACCACGCAAGUCCAAGGAUAACAUUGCGCAGAAGAGACGAACUGUAGUGCUAAGCUAUGGAAGCUCUGCAGCCGGUACUGGUGCCAAGAUUGAUCUCAUCCUCUCGGGCGAGGAGAGGGUUGUAGUGGAAACCCCACGACAGCCAACACCGAGAAAGCUUCGCACGCCAAAGAAAUCCAACAAGCCUCCACAUCCGUUUUUUGCAGGCAAACCGAAGGAGCAGCCGAAGCCUAUAAAGCUGGAGUCGCCGAGGAAGGUAUCUGCCACUACUCCAGGCAAGCUUAGAAGGCAGAUCAUGGCAGAUCGACCUCCGGAGGUGAACGGAGAAGUUCCGUAUGCUGUUGAGUCAGCUCUGUUAAAAGAUCGUCUAAUGAUCAGGCAUCCUGGUGCAAGAGACCCACCAUGGCCAGAUAGGCAGCAGGCACAUGUUCGAGGACUGGACGAUCGUGACAAAGCGGCUUAUCCGGGCAUUAGCAACCAGUUAGCUGGCAGCCAACGCAAGCGUAAGGCUUCACAAAUACCACUAAAAGGGAACGAAUCAGUACUACGACGGUUCGGCGCACAUCUCAAGCCCGAACUGGAAUGCGUAAGGCGUGCUGAUGGACUUUGUGAACCGCGCAAAGCCUUGCGAAGGCCCGACAGGUCAUUGAUAACAGGUCAUCAAAUCCGACAGCGAGUAGCGCAUGAGCUCGCGGCAACAAUGAGCGAGGUCGAUCUAGCAGCAGGCGUCUUGCUACAAAUCAACCACAGAGAUUAUACAACACAUCCCGGUUUAAGGAAAUUCUGGAGUCUGAUACCAACGACACUUUCAGCUUUCGAUGAGCUUCGUGGCGAGAAUGUAGGCUGGGCUCAGAAAUAUGCUCCAGAGACUGCGGAAGAAGUCCUGCAACCAAGUCAUGAGAUGCGAGUCUUGGGAGACUGGCUGAAAUCUUUGAGGGUGAGCUCGGUCGAACAUAUCAGCACCGUUUCUGUCAAGACGGGAGCAAAAGCUGAGCCGAAGCCGAGAAAGAAGCGUCGCAAACACGAUGAUCUGGAUGACUUUUUGGUCGACGACGAUGAGGAUGUGCACGAUAUGGAUGAAUUGACGGACCCUGAAGACACAAAUCUCAUCGACAGCAGCAAAGGCCCAAGGUCAAUAGUGCAGUCCGCUGCGCAAGGCACGAAGCUCAGUAAUGCUGUUCUGCUCAGCGGACCACCAGGAUGCGGCAAAACUGCUGCUGCAUAUGCUGUCGCAAAGGAACUCGGCUUCAAGAUCUUCGAGAUCAGUUCUUCUGAGCGACGAAGCGGCAAGGAUGUCCUCGACAAGAUCGGCGAUAUGACGGAGAAUCAUCUGGUGAGGCAUCAUGGUGUUGAUCCUGGUGAGUUGUCAUCCAACGAGGAUAACAACAAGGAGAGUCUUGAUGAAGCGUUCCAACGAGAUCUUGCUAGUGGCAGACAAGGCAAAAUGGCCACUUUCUUCAAGCCUCAAGCGGCUGUCAAGAAGCCCGCAGCACCUAAGCAGAAGGCGCCGCCGGCGAAGGUGAAGACGUUGAAGGCUGUCGAGGAAGCCUUAAAGAAGCCACCCAAAGAUCAGCAGCAAUCUCUCAUCCUGCUCGAGGAGGUCGACAUCCUCUUCAAGGACGACAAGGAGUUCUGGAACACGAUCUUCAAGCUCAUCGUCAGCUCGAAGCGACCCUUCAUCAUGACUUGCAACGACGAAGAUAUGGUGCCCUUGCAAGCCAUGAAUUUACACGCCAUAUUACGGUUCACACAACCUCCGGUCGACUUGGCUGCAGACUAUCUGCUACUUCUUGCGGCGGCUGAAGGGCACCAGCUUAAGCGCAAUGCAGUCACGUCGCUUUACGAAGCAAAGAAGCGUGGUCUGCGUGCCAGCAUUGUGGAGCUGGACUUUUGGUGCCAGAUGGCUGUUGGUGAUCCCAAGGGAGGACUGGGCUGGAUCUACCAGCGCUAUCCGCCCGGAUGUGAUAUUGACGAGCACGGUCGGACGCUGAGAGUUGUGAGUGAGGGUACCUACCAGCAAGGCAUGGGUCUGGCUUCCGAGGAAGGUUUGUCUGAAGACGAUCAGAUAUUGUUCGCCUGGAGAGAACAUGGUGUUGUGCCCACAUCACUGUUGGAGCCGCCAAUCAGGAGCCCUGACGACGAUGAUAUUGUCGGCCCCAGCCAAAGACUCGACGCGCUCGAAAGACACGCUAGACUAGCGUAUGCUCAAAGUGCGUUGGAUGCCUUCGCUGGGGAAGCCUUCCUCGAGAGCCCAUUGCUGGAUACCACGACGCCGCAAAUGCCCGACAAAGCUCGCCACCACUACAUCGAGGGUCUAACUUUGCUGCAGACUGACGAGCUCACCGAUCAUGAGGAUCUUAGCUCGCAGCUUGUUGUGGCAUCUGUCCGUGCGAUAGCACAUAGCUUUCACGCGAACAAGUCUCUACAGACCAGUCUCGCACACGCCAUGUCAGGCUCCCGGGGGAACGCAAGCCCGCCACACCUCACCCGCCACGACUUCGCCGUCUUCGACACCAUCUCCACCGCUCCGGAAACGUCCCUCUCUCUCGGCCCCAGCCUGACACAAUCCGCUUUCGACGGUCCAACCCUAAUCAUAGCCACGGACCUCGCACCCUACGUCCGCUCAAUAGUCCAAUUCGACUUGGCGCUCGAAGAGCAACGCGAGCGUCUCAAUAGGAUCAUGACGGAUGGCGAAACCAGGAAAGCCAAACGAGCGAGGACUACACGCGCGGCGAGGAGUGCGCUUGAGGGGAGUCAGAGGGCUAGUACGAGGAGGGAGAGGUGGUUUGUCAAGGGUCUGGAUCUGAGAGCAGUAUUGAGGACGGGAGGUAUCGGAUGGCCAAAGACUCUUCUAGGUGUCCAGACUGCAGACACGGAGAGUAUGGAUGGCUGUGAGCCGCCUGCAUCUAGUGCCGAGGGUGCGUGA